AAGAACCUGAAAACCAUGCUUGCCAUCGGUGGUUGGAACGAGGGUUCGGCACGCUUCUCUCCGCUGGUGGCCGAUUCGGAACGACGGGCGCAGUUUGUGAAGAAUUCGAUUAAAUUCCUGCGUCAGAAUCAUUUCGACGGGUUGGACUUGGAUUGGGAGUACCCGGCGUUCCGGGAUGGUUCGAAGCCGAAGGAUCGUGAAAACUACGCCCAACUGGUGCAGGAACUCCGCGAGGAGUUCGAACGGGAAUCGUCCAAAACCGGACGUCCAAGGUUGUUGCUUACAAUGGCCGUUCCGGCCGGUGUGGAGUACAUUGACAAAGGCUACGACAUUGCUAAACUGAACAAAUAUCUGGAUUGGUUCAACAUGCUGACCUACGAUUACCACAGUGCUUACGAACCGGCGGUCAACCAUCAUUCGCCACUGUAUUCCCUGGAGGAACCUUCCGAGUACAACUUUGACACGGAACUUAACAUUGAUUACAGCGUCAAAUUCUACCUGAACGCCGGUGCAGAUCGUGACAAGCUGGUGCUGGGUAUCCCGACCUACGGUAGAUCGUACACUCUGUACAAUCCGGACGCGACCGAUAUCGGUUCGCCGGCGGACGGUCCCGGUGAGCAGGGUGACGCUACCCGGGAGAAGGGCUAUCUGGCGUACUACGAAAUCUGUACCGCCGUUAAGGACGACCCCGAGUGGACCGUGGUGCAGCCGAACGCGAACGCAAUGGGUCCGUACGCGUUCAAGGGCAACCAGUGGGUUGGCUACGACGAUGAAGCGAUCGCUCGGAAGAAGGCCAAAUACGUAGCGGAAAACGGACUGGGUGGAAUCAUGUUCUGGUCGAUCGAUAACGAUGAUUUCCGUGGCACCUGCCACGGGCGGCCGUAUCCGAUCAUCGAGGCUGCCAAGGAAACGUUGCUUGCUAGCACAGACAUCGGCGCCAACGACAUCGCUGCACCGAGUCGACCGAGGAAACCGUCGCGAUCGCGCAGUCGAUCGGGAGCAAGCUCCCGAAACCGUGUCACUUCCGACAACAACAACGAAAUCAAGUCAUCGUUCAAGAACUCGCAGCCACGGAAGAACAGCAGACCGCAAAGCACUACGACGACGACCACCACCAGUACUACGACCGGAAGUUCGCUGUACAUCGGAGGACGCACGACCACCCCGCAACCACCGACAACUCCGGAUCCGGGAGCAGACUUCAAGUGCACGGACGAAGGAUUCUUCCAGCACCCCCGGGAUUGCAAGAAAUACUUCUGGUGCCUGGACGCACCGGCUCUCGGUUUGGUAGCCCAUCAGUUCACCUGCCCCUCGGGAUUGGUCUUCAACAAGCUAGCGGAUUCCUGCGACUACGCUCGCAACGUAAUCUGCAACAUUCAAUCAACCACCACAACUAGCACCAGCACAACGACGACCAGCACCACCACAACCAGUACGACCACGCCGGCACCGCGAGCACGCGUCACAGCCGCCACCAGUCGGAACAGUUUCUACAACCGAGCCUUCACAACGACGACCACCACCGAACCGACGAUCGAGUUCGACUACUCGGACGAGGUGGAAGAGGAAAGCCAACCGGAAGAGGAUCCGAAAGUUAUUAAGGAACUGAUUGCACUGAUUAAGAAGGUUGGUGGGAUUGAGGAACUGGAGCGUCAGCUGCAAGCGCAGGAAGAUGGUUCCGUUGUGCUGAAGGGUUCCCAGCAGUCGGAUCAGAUUUCGACGACUCCGUCGACGAUUAGUAAGAGUUUGUACGAGCGGGUGUUGAGUCGUGCUGGAAAUGGGCUGCAGAAGUUCCGUCCGGCGUUGACGUUUACGCAAACGGAUAAGAGUGGGUCGACUGAGAAUAAGUAUUCGUCGGUGGUUCGGAAUGGGAAUACCAAUAGUCGGGUUGCUCCGCAAAAUGAGGGCAUUGAACAGUUGCCCGAGUUUGAGGGUGUUUUCAAGGAACGGCCGAAGUAUGUUACGUUGACCCGGCAACGGCCAACCAAGGUUGAGGAUGAUUUGGCGGAAGAAAGGGAUGGUGAUGGGGACGUUGAUGAUGAGGACAAUGAGGAGGAGGAGAAUCAACCUUCGACGUACUCCACCCGGAGGCCUACUUCGAGUCCGAAAUACGUUAGUAUUCGGAGACAACGACCGACAACUGUGCCGGAGAGUGUCGAGGAUGAUGAAGACGAGAAUGUGGCUGCACCGGUGCAGCAAUACAGUACGGUAAAUCGGAAUCGCUUCCGACAAACGACAACGGAAGAUCCCUUGGAGGAGGUUGAACGAGUACCGAGUCGGUACAAUUCCAUCGAACGUCGCCGAGCUACCGUGCAGCAGUUCAAUCGCUUGCAGGAAGGCGACAAAGAUGAUGUAGGCACUGAUUCGUCUCUAUUGGUACCCUCCACCGAUUUCCAAACAAUUUACACAACAUCGUCUACUACCGAUGCACCAGAACAGUUCAUCACGUACAGUACACGACAGUACGCUAGCGUAGAACGUAGCAGCACGACCGAGGCCCCCACGGCGGAGCCGGUUGCUACGGUUCUGCCACAGACAGCCACUACUCCAUCUACAGGCAACAUACAAUACCUCAACACAGACUCAAUUCAGACGGAAGCCCCGGAACGGAGCGCUUCGGUAGACACUGUUUCAGAACUAGAAUUAAGUAAGACCUCCUCGUCGGCGGACUCCGACGGCGGCCUAACGACGGAUGACACGGUGACCGUAGAUAGUAGCAAGAACGAACAGACCAACGAGGUAACCACAAUACUAAACCUAGGUGAAAGUGUUACUGGUAGUAGUGUUAGUGAAUUGGACCUGAGUGUGCAUAGUAGUAGUGUGGGUUCUAGCGGUGAUAGUGUAAAUCCUAGAGUUCAGGAGGUUGAAGAGCAGCUCGCGCUGACAACUGCUUCAACCGGUGGGACCGAACUGCCGAUCACCACCACCACCUUUACCCCCUCGACGAGCAGCGAAAAGCUGUCCAGCACUAACGAAGAACAGUCUAACUCGAUUUUCAAAUUUUCGCCAAGAACUAGGAAAACUACCACCACAGCAAGUCCCUUAGAAGUUGUCACUAAUAAGCAGGAAUCCGAUAGUCAAUUAACCCCAACCCAAGCCGCUCCCCGUCCGUUCGGCGGAGCGGUUCGUCGCACGCGGCCAACCCGUCGUCCUGUGAGCAGCGCAACGACGACGACUUUGGCGCCCGAAGAAUCCACCACUCUUCGUUCGGUAAAGGUGAGUUUUGCCAAUGAUCAAAGGUUUGAUCUUUCAGCUAGACGUAGGAUUGGUGUUGCCGCCGGUCCGUCCGCUGCGUCGAAUCCCGGCAGCAACGAGGUAGGUAGCGCCGGCGAUUCGGCCAGCAGCGAGCCGGCGAGUCCACGACCAACGCGGCCACGGGGUUUCCGCGGUCGCGUCCGGUUCGGAGCGUCCGGCGAACCGUCCGGUUCGCGAUCUUCAGCUUCCAUUCCUUCGUCUUCGACCGAGGCGACUGCUGCCGUUGCUUCGGGUGUGACGUCUGCACAGCCACGUCGCCCGCAGUCCGAGUCUUUUGCGCGUAAUCGUUUCUCUUUGAACCGUGCUUCUAGCCGUGUGCCGGAAGCGACGGCCACCAGUAGCAGUAGUAGUAGUAGUGCUACCGAACGAAUCACCACCCCGGAGCAGCCAGUUGAGCAAUCAACUGCUAGGGCUUCAUUGAGGCGGGUGAAUUUUAAUCUCUAUAGCGGUAGAUCGAGUGCUAGUCCCGCGACUAUCACUACGACGACGACCGAGGAACCGGAAGUCGAAACGGGCUCCCCGGUUGUUCAUCUGAAUAAUAUUAAAACUAUCAAAAUCGAUGAGGAUCUUUUCAAGACGCAGGAGCGGAUUUUGCUUACGCUGGGAACUGCGCUGCAGUAUGGGUUUAGUAAUAGGAAUGAGCUGAAUGCGAGGAGGCUUCAGGAGAAGGAAGCUCAACUGACGAAAGGAACUGUUCAUGAUGCACCAAUAACGAACAUCGUUCGGCAAAGUUCGACGACCACGACUACAACGACGACGACGGUGAAGAGUCCCAGUCAGGAUACGAUUGAUAAUCGGCUGGCAGAAGAUGUCAAUGAAAUGGCGACGGAAAGUGUGACUGGAUCGGAGCGCAGCUCCGCUGCGUUUGAAACUACCGUUGCGGAUCUGGAACGAUCUAAUGAUUUUACGACGGUUUACAGUGUUAAUGCGGCGGAGGUAGAGACCACAACUCCAGGAAGACGAAAGUUCCCCUCGUUGAGAAGUCGAACCUCGUCGCCGGAGGCGACUACGGAGUCUGGUGGAACAACGCUGAAGGUUGUGUUGUCGGAAGUUAAUACGAAUAAGACCUUCAUACCCGGUCGCUCGCGACCUACGAGACCUGGACGUUUCCGAACGUCCACCUCGGCUGCCUCAUCGGAAACAGCAAACGAAGCUUCCACCCUUCGGUCUAAGUUCACUCCGCGAAAACUCGCCGUCACUCAGAGUUCCAACGCUCUUGCAAGCGAAGUGGCUGACAAGCCCUCCCGAAGACCAUCCCCCUUCCAGCGGCGUCAACGGCCAACACUUUCCACGUCAUCGGCUUCCCCUGCACCAGCGGAAGGCGAAAGCGAAGAUUUCACCGAGAAAACACCGGGAAUUUCCACAACCGUAACGCGACGCCGUCUUGGCCGCCGGCGGCCCUCGUCCACAACCGAAAAACCGGCCGAGGAAGCUCCUCGCACAAACCUGGAGCGCAACUCCGUGCUAAACCGCCGGUUGAGACUCCGCUCCACGACAACCCGCACCACCACGGAAUCCCAAAGCAUUGCCACCCGUUCGGCAACCACCGUCGAACCGUUCACCGCUGAACCAACCUUCGCGGACAGUGCCGUAGGCAACUCAGAUCACACGACCGUCUUUUCCGAUGUUUCCAACGAAAUCGAAUCCACCUUCCUAACGAACGACGACGUACUGAGCAGCGAUAACCUCCUCCGCCGCCAACUCCCGGAAUCCCAAGAAAGCAACGACUCGGAGGAAACCACAGACCUCCUUUCCACGGUCAUUACAGGCGAACCCUCCACCGAAGGCCCCCUGAACAAAGCUCCUACACCACGAAAACUCCCCGUCAGCGUUAGAACACGUCCCGUCAACCCUCUAACGGCAGCGGCACGCUUUAGCGACAAUCAACAGAUCGAAUCGGAAGUAGUCCCCAGCCGAAGCCCUGCCCGAAGCUUCACAGCCGCCCGGAAAAAGUUCGGUGCUUCCACCACGACCACCACAACCGAGAGUCCGGAAGUGUCCACGGUGAAGAAAUUCAUCCCUUCCCGGAAAAGUCGUCCCUCCUUUUCGCUAGCACGGGCACGUGCUUCCAGCACAACCGAAGAAGCACCGCUCGGCGGUGGUGAAGACCAGGAGCAACCCACCAGUUCCACCGUACGGUCGUUCCUCGCUUCGCGAAGACGACCCGCGCUGGGUUCGGCUCGUUCGACGACGGCAGCUUCGAGCGCCGCCGGCGCUAACGGGGAUGACGUUGAGAGCUCUUCCAGUCGACCGCUUUCACCGACACGUCGUCGACCGGCAUUCGUCGGUGCUAAUCGAACCCCACGGCCACAAUCGUUUGAGGAUUCCUUCGACAAGGGAACCAGUGCGGCUGCGAAGCCGGCCGCGGAGCGUAAGGCCGUUAACCGUACCUCGGCACUGCUGCCGAGGAGGCCGAAUUUGUUUGCUAGGACGACGACUACGACCACCGAGGCUGCUUACACCGAUUUUGAGACGGAUGUGAAGACCACGCUGGAGGAGGAGAACAGCGGAGAGAGGUUUGGACCCGGUACGCGAGGUUAUACGGAGAUUAGGAGGCCUUCGGCCUCGUCGGAGGAGAAGGAUGGAACGACGGUGACGGGACGGUACAGUGGCGAGGUUGAGGAUGAUGAGAAUGAGAUUCAGAGGCAUGGUAAGCGGUUGUUUGGACCCGUCGGAAGUGGGAAUAAUAAUGUGGAUGAGGAGGAGCCCACCGUAGGUGGUGGACGUUCGCGGGAGGUGAUUACGGCGUCUAGAAGACCGGGACCGAGGAUUAUUGGAUCCGGAGGAUCCAGAGCUUCCGGACCGGGAAGUAAUACGAGGUUUAUUUUUAAGAAUAAUCAACCACCGGAAGGUUCGACCACGACGGUGAGGGCGAUUACGACGCGGGCCAGGAGGCCGUUUGGAAAUGUUGGAGGGUAUAAACCGGCGAAUGGAACAGCGGCGGUUGGUGCGUCGAGUGGCGCCGUUGGUGCUUCCACGGCUAAGCCGCGCUUUACGCUGACGACCAGAGGUCGUCCAGUUUUCGGAAGACAGCGGUCGACGACGGCGUCGUCUGCGUCGGCAGCCGGACCAAGUGAGGUUGAGGAGAAAGCAACCGCUCAGCGUGUGGGUGAGUCACAGCAAGCUGCCGGGCCUACCAGGCGCUAUCAGCCCCGGAAACCAACGAGAAAAUCGAAUCUGACCACGAUUUCUCUUCCGGUGGGUGGCAGCCGGACGCGCACAAAUCUCUCGUCACUAUUUAACCGUAACCCGGCGGUGGUACUAACAACAACCGAGCUAACGCAACAACAACCCGAGACGACACUUCCUAGCGUAGUAGAACCACAGACGCCGGUCAUACUGUCGGUGCUGCCGGUCGUGCAGAGGUCACGGUCACAACCAACCACAAGCACACCUACAACACUCCUAACCGAGAACGAGGUGGAGAACACUACUUCAUACGAAGAUACAAUCAAUACAGUCAGAACUACCACCGAAUACUACACAGCAUCCGAUGAAACUCUGUACACCACACUCAAUACGGCCGACACAAUUUACACCAUUAAUGAUAAUAUCGAUAUUGAUGAUGUCAAUAUAUUGCAGGAACGUAGUAGAACGUCCACCACCACGGUCCGACCAACGACGCUCUACCAUGUGUUCUCGAUCGACAAGGAGAACGAAUCGAUGCCGUCGUCGACGGAGAUCUACCGCACGGAAGAGCAGGAGAUCGAACUGCCGGUGGCGAACAAGACGGACAAACUGGUCGAGAUCCACCGGGUGGUGGAGAUCUACACGAAGAACACCAGCAAUCCGGACGAGAUUCCGGUCAUGCAGAAGCUGGGUGAAAUCAAUCGCAAGAUCAUCAUUCGUCUCGUUGAACCGAGGAACAAGACUGAGGUCGAAGAGAAGGAGAAGAAAAGUCGAACGCUAGUGUUUGCCGAUAGUAUUUUCAACGUCGAGACUUCCACCAUUCCACUGGAAGGUCUUUUCGACGGCGAUAAGGAAGGAAAGACGGGCAAACCGGAUGUUCAAACGACACAGUUGAAUCUGGAGGAACAGGAAGAGGAAGCUACCGUUGCUCCAAGGGUGGAGAUCGAGCGGAUCUCCAGUGCCGAGUUUGGAGCAACGGAGCGUUCGCGACAGGAGGAAUUGGUGACUAUUACACCGUUGAUUGCGGAAACGGAACGCUACACUCAGGUAACUACACCAUCUGUUAAGCCGGAUACGGAACGCAUAGUAGAUUUUGAAGAUAGCACCGUGAAUGAGGAGGAUGGAACUACAGAUUACUACACGGAAGAGUUGCCAACAACGGUUCCGGUUCAGCCUUCGUCGACUGCGUCGACAACGACGACCACUACGACGACGACAACCACGACUACGGAAGCUCCUACCACGACGACACCCGCAGCUGAGACUACUGCUUCAUCCACAACACAGAUUGUCCACAAGUACACACUUCCGGCUGAAUUCUUCUUCCAGGAACCGUCGGAUGAACCGACGACAACGACGACGGCUGCGCCGACAACAACACCAACCACGACAACCACCAGCACGACUACGACCACCACUCCGAAACCAACGACAACAACCACUCCUACAACCACCACCUCUACCACAACCACCACCACCACAACCACAACGCCCGCACCGGAACUAACCGCUCCGCAGGAGCGCGUCCAAUCGUUGGUCAUUCCCAGCGUGGAAACCAAACGCAGAUACACUAAACGACCGAAGUCCACUGUCUACCGACCGCAGUUGGACUUCACCUACACGAACGAAAACUCCGGCGAAGACGAACCGGCGGUGGCGCCGGCUGUCGUCACCGAACAGGUAACUGAAACGCUUCCAAGCACCUCCUCCACCACCCUGAAAGUACAAAGCACCAGUAGAAAGUACGUCCCCUCGGUAGCACUGCGCUCUAACUUUGGUGACGGUGCGACCUCCCACAGAAAGUCCAAAGACAUCCAGGUAGUGCCGCUUCCGAAACCGACCGCUAAGAAGCAGGCGAAGCCUGCCCCUACCACGUCGACCCCGACGACGAAGACGACGACGACGACGAGCACCACAACCACCACGACGGAGGCCCCGAUCACGAAGGUUGACUUCAACAUCAAGUACGUGGUGCCGGUCCUGACGCCGGACUUCGACGCCCACGAGCUGAAGAUCGAAAGCAAAAACGACAAGUACAGCAUUCCGCUGUCCUCGCUCUACCAUCCGGACUUCAUCACGCGGGAAGUGUCGGGCGAGCAGCGCCAGGAGCGGCAGUAUUCGCCCGUCUACCGGCCCGAGCUGGACAACGACGAGCUCACCCGGGCGCUGACCAGCGACCAGGAUCCGGUGGCGCUCGAGGCGGCCAGCCUGGAUCGGGAGAUCCUCGGCGACCGAAGCGGCAGCAGCAACGGCAACGGCAACGACAGCGAAAGCGAAGAGCGAAGCUACGGAGCGCGCAGCAUACCGGCGUACUUCUUCCGGCGUGCCGGAGAGGUCAGUUAA